CCUGUGUGAAAACCGUCGGUGAAUCUAAUUUUCUGGCCUUGUCCUCGCCUGUGCGGCUGUUCCGUGAUACAUGAUCAGUGCCGUCGUGCCUGCUCAGCCCCAGCUGUGAAUCCCCUCAACGCUCCUCUUGGCUCCCGACGACUUGCCUCUGCUAUCGCCUCUCACUCAAGAGAGUCACAGCCCACUUCAACUCUUCAACACCGCUCUCUCUGCCCUCUCCCAGAAACCGCUCUCCCACUCCACACGCCACACACAACGUCCACACACAAGCCAUGGCUCUCAAGCGCAUCAACAAGGAACUCACUGACCUCGGUCGUGAUCCUCCUUCCUCCUGCUCAGCUGGUCCCAUCGGAGAUGAUCUGUUCCACUGGCAAGCAACCAUCAUGGGUCCUAGCGACUCACCAUACUCGGGCGGCGUUUUUUUCCUAGCGAUCCACUUCCCCACCGACUACCCCUUCAAGCCCCCGAAGGUCAACUUCACCACCCGCAUCUACCACCCCAACAUCAACUCCAACGGCAGCAUCUGCUUGGAUAUUCUGCGAGACCAAUGGAGCCCCGCUCUGACCAUCUCAAAGGUGCUACUGAGCAUUUGCUCGAUGCUGACAGAUCCGAACCCUGACGACCCGCUUGUCCCCGAGAUUGCACACGUCUACAAGACCGACCGAUCUCGGUACGAAUCAACGGCUCGGGAGUGGACUCGAAAGUAUGCCAUCUAGGGGUAGACGAAGCAUGGUGAUGGAUGGGAGGGGUUUCUUUACGCUUCAUGACGGCAUUCGACGACUGCUGUGGAGGACGGAUGUCAAGAACAGAUAUCAUGGCAUGGCGAGAUGAUGGAGUUUUCUGUACUUCGGCAUGCAUGCUGGACGGGAUUCAUAGUGCUUGCUAUCAUCACUCUUAGUAGAACGGGCUCAUUCCACUAUAACACUUUCUUUCUACAAUCUUGAUUGGCGGUGUGUAUAGGUAAUAUGGAAAGUAUCUUCUGAUGCCUACAGUUAAACUACCGUCGCGUA